AUGUUGACCACAUCUUUGAUCUGGGGGAUUGUCACAGCAGUGUGCUGUUGUUUAUGGCUUAUUUUUGGAAUAAGGAGAAGACAAAUGGGAGAGCCGCCUCUGGAAAAUGGGUUGAUUCCAUACCUGGGCUGUGCUCUGAAGUUUGGGGCCAACCCUCUUGAGUUCCUCAGAGAAAAUCAAAGGAAACAUGGUCAUGUUUUCACCUGCAAACUAAUGGGAAAAUAUGUCCACUUUGUCACAAAUUCUUUGUCAUACCAUAAAGUAUUAAGUCAUGGGAAAUAUUUUGAUUGGAAAAAAUUUCACUACACUACUUCUGCACAGGCAUUUGGGCACAGAAGCAUUGAUCCAAGUGAUGGAAAUACCACUGAGAACAUCAACAACACUUUCAACAAAACCCUGCAGGGAGAUGCCUUGAACUCCCUCUCAGAAGCUAUGAUGGAAAACCUCCAACUUGUCAUGAGACCUCCCGGCUUUCCUAAAUCAAAGAGUGCUGCCUGGGUGACAGAAGGGAUGUAUGCCUUCUGCUACCGAGUGAUGUUUGAGGCUGGCUAUUUAACUCUUUUUGGCAGAGAUCACACAAGGCAAGAUACACAAAGAGCCCUCAUCCUAAACAACCUUGACAACUUCAAGCAAUUUGACAAAGUUUUUCCAGCCUUGGUGGCAGGCCUCCCCAUUCACAUGUUCAAGACAGCUCACAAAGCCCGAGAAAGGCUGGCCGAGGGCUUGAAGCACGAGAAGCUCCGCACCAGGGACCAGGUCUCAGAACUGAUCCGCCUGCGCAUGUUCCUGAAUGACACGCUCUCCACUUUCGACGACACCGAGAAAGCCAAGACGCACCUUGCUAUCCUCUGGGCAUCGCAGGCAAACACCAUUCCUGCCACUUUCUGGAGCUUAUUUCAAAUGAUGAGGAGUCCUGAAGCAAUGAAAGCAGCUACUGAAGAAGUGAAUAAAGUACUGGAGAAUGCUGGUCAAAAACUCAGCAAUUCAAUUUAUUUGAAUCAAAUGCAACUGAAUGACCUGCCAGUACUAGACAGUAUCAUCAAGGAGGCUCUGAGGCUUUCCAGUGCUUCCCUGAACAUCCGAACAGCUAAGGAGGAUUUCACUUUGCACCUUGAAGAUGGUUCCUAUAACAUCAGAAAAGAUGACAUCAUAGCUCUUUAUCCACAGUUAAUUCAUUUAGAUCCAGAAAUCUAUCCAGACCCUAUGACUUUUAAAUAUGAUCGAUAUCUUGAUGAAAACAGGAAGACAAAGACCACUUUCUAUAGCAAUGGAAUCAAGUUAAAGUAUUACUACAUGCCUUUUGGAUCAGGAGCUAUGAUAUGCCCUGGAAGAUUGUUUGCUGUCCAAGAAAUCAAGCAAUUUUUGAUUCUGAUGCUUUCAUGUUUUGAACUGGAGUUUGUGGACAGCCAUAUUAUGUGUCCCCUUUUGGACCAGUCCCGCGCAGGCUUGGGCAUUUUACCACCAUUAAAUGACAUCGAGUUUAAAUAUAAACUCAAACAUUUGUGA